AACUACCUUUCAGAGAUUUAACAUCUGUAUUCUCAUACAGCAGGUAUGGGUGAAAGAAGGAUACAGAUAUUCUUUGUGCUUCUGCUCAUCUCAUUACUUUGUCAAGAAGUUCGAGCAAGAAGGAUAUAUCAUGUCGAGGAAAAUGAACUAGAGCUUUAUGGGACAACAAGAAUAGAGGAUUAUGGGAAGAAAUCUAGAGAUGAGGAAUGGAUGGAAAGGAGGAGCGUAUCAAAACGUGCACUUGGACCGACUGGCGCAAGAGUUUUAAAGGCGGCGUUAAUAACCGCUGGUAUUAUACACGGUGCUUCAUUGGCUAUCAGUACCGCUAAGCUGGGUUUUGACAUUUGGUUCGAACAGCAUAAAUGUUGUGGGGUACACAAAAGUAUUUGUUCCGACUAUGACGAAUACAAGGGAAUAAAAGAUCGGGUGUUGGCAAAAAGCGAAGAGAUCGAUAAUCAUUGGUUAACAGUUCAAAAUACAGAAACGUAUCUAUUUAAACUGAGUCGUCUCAACACCUAUAUGUACGAGGAGAUGAAAAAGAUUGACGACAGCAUGGGUAAACUUGUCAAAACAUUGGACAGUGACUUAGAAGUAAAAAUUAGAAACGCCAGAUUCGAUUUGCAGAAAAAAUUGGAAGCCCAUAAUGCAUCACUUUCAAACUUGACCUUGGUAACAAUCACUAUGAACAGCAUUUUUUCCGACGUUUUUAAUAACGUUCUCAGGGCGUCGAGUUUUGUUUCAGACUUGUUUAUGUUGCGUUGGGUUUCACAGAAAUGGAAGAAAAUGAACGUUCCUGUAGUACGAGCUCGAAGCAACGCCGUUUCAAGCAACGCAGGUGUCGUACUUAAUCCAUCUUACAUGCAAAGAGCAGGAUGGUUUAUCAAAGGAAACUACAAAAUAGCUGCAAAAGCGCUUACGUUUGGAGCUACAACCAUUUUCACAGUGUACGCAUCAGUUCAAGAUAUACUGUACGUCAUAAAGACCAUUGAUACCUGCAACGACAUUCGCGACGGAAUGAGAAACGCUUUAAACACAUGGAAACCGAAGGAGAAUCAUACAAACUAUUUGUUCAAGGAAGUUGUCGACUUAAAGAAUAAUGUGACAGCUGAGUACGACCUUUUAAAAUCAUCCCUCUACUCAACGAACUUUACUUCUUUCACUCGUGAAGUUAUAAAGCUCAUGGAAAAUGCAUCAGAUGCUUCUACGAUGAAGCAAGUUGGUCUUGAUCUCACUGAUUUCAAUACAAGAAUUACUACGGCUAACUUUUCAUAUACAGAAUAUCUAGUCCAAAAAGCCACUCUGGCGUUCAGUAAGGUCAAGUACAAGUUGACAUGUCUAACAAAGAAAUUUAACACACUAAACUACGCUGUCGCAGAAUGCAAGAAAGGUACUGAUACCCUUCAUAACUUAUUCUUGAAUGCUCAAAAACAAGAAAUAAAAGAUGCCAAGGAUUGCGUCGAUAACGGGUAUAUGACCGAAGAACAAGUCACGUCUUGGGUGACCAGUAAAAUGAAUGAGACGGGCUACCAAACAGAUUGUAUCUUGAAUGAUCAAGACAAAAAGAAGCUGGUUUGUCAAAACUGGGUAGACAAUUUAAGCGACCAAGCUAAUGCAGCAAAGGAAAAGAUCAACGUGACGCAAGUCAAGUGGUUUAUUUACACUUCAAAAUGUCCUCCAGCUGAUCUCAUCAACGAUACACGGACAUCCAUUUGUACGGCGAAAGACAGCGACAAAACGUUAUCGCAGGUCCUAACGUCUUUUUUUAAAUACAACAUCACACAAGUGGAGACAAGUUACAACAGCUGCGCGUUAUCAACUUCUAGAGCCGAGCUGGUUUGCAGGGACAAAAAUGACGGAUACUUUUUCGACGAAGUCGUAGCUAAGAAUAAACUCUACAGUGAAGCAGCCAUUAAAGCAGUGUACGAUAACUGUCCUCGACCUCAGAUUACGCCAAGCGUAGAAAAGUCUAUUUGUAGAAAUAAGGCUAGAGGUCGAGAUUUGACUAACCCAGCGUAUGAAUAUUUCAUUGAAGAGUAUGGUAUGGAGCAAGUUCAAGCUGCUUAUAAUAAAUGCGCAAAAAAAGAUUCGCUUGAGGUAGAAGACUAUCAUCCCAGGUUUAGAAGCCAUCGUAAAAAAAUCGCGAUCGAAGAUGGAAGAACAGAUGAUGACCGUUUUGACGACUUAGACGACACCGAUAAAUUUGACGACAACGAUGACGAGGAAGCGAAUGUCGUUAGCGACGACAAUGACGAUAUGUAUGAUGAUGAUGAUGAUAAUAAUGAUGAUGAUGAUGAUGCUGAUGAUGACGACGACGAUAAGAAAAAGAAAAAGUAAAAAUCUGAACUUGACAAGAACAAUUUUUUACAAAGACGAUUUUUACAAAGACAAUACUCACGUAUUUUGGACUAUUUAUUUUAUUUCGUACAUGCUAUAUUACAAUUUUUUUGUGGCUAUCAUUAUAUUACUUACUCUCGUUUA